GCCGAUAUCACCACCCAAAUCGCCCGCGCGCGCGCAGCCUCAGAGGCCGAAGCCACCCGGAGGCCAAACCCUAGAACCUUCGUCUCCGCCGGCCAGGCCGACGCGCUCGCUCCCCGCCGGCCCGUGCCUGAGAUUCGAGUAGGGGGCGCCGGGGGUUGGUUCGCCGCGAUGAUCUGGCUUUCGGGGAUGGAGGGAGGGGUGGACCCGGAGGGGCGGGACGAGCUGCCGCUGGUGGAUGCCUCCACGGACGGGGAGGCGAUGGCGCAGGGGAGUUUCGGCGAGGCAGAUUUUGAUGCCAUGAUGGUGGAAUCUGGUGGGUUGCAGGGCGAGGAGGUGGGGAGUAGCCUGGCGCAGGUACAGAAUAUUGCCGCCGACACGGCGGAGAUUUCUGAUCCUGCCGUACCUCAACAUGAUGCUGAAGCCGAAUCGAACGAAGAUGGUCAGCGUGUUAGAUACCGUCUUCCUCCCCUUGAUAAAGAUGGGUUUCGAGUUUCUGAUCUUGUCUGGGCUAAAUUGCAAGGUCGUCCCUGGUGGCCUGGUGCAAUUUUUGAUCCUUCAGAUGCAUCUGAGCUGGCAUUGGAGCAUCAGAAAGAGGGCCACCAUCUGGUAGCAUUUUUUGGCGACGGUUCUUUUGCGUGGUGUCAGGAAUCCCAGUUGAAGCCUUUCAUGGACAACUGUCUGGAGAUGGAGAAACAAGGCAAUUCUGAUGCCUUCACCAGUGCAGUUAAUUCUGCGCUUCAAGAACUCUCAACGCGGAUAUUGACGGCCGCGAGUUGCUCUUGUCUCCCAGAAUAUCUCUCUGAGAAUGGCCUGUGUUAUCUGCGUGGGAAUUCUGGGCUCAAGGCUGGAGUUACGUGCUCUAAGGUUAACCAGGCUGAGAUAUUGCAAUAUUUCAGUCCAGAACACCUUCUUCAUUAUAUGAAGUCGCUGGCUCUGUCCCCUUGCCAAGGAGGUGUUCUGCAGGAUUUAGUGAUUGCUUGCUCUCAACUUAUGUCUUUCUAUCGGUCUAAGGGAUACGGUGAAAUUGCAUCAUUUCAAUCUGGCAGUGCAUGGGCAGAGGAUGUCAUUGACACAACUGCCACCAAUGAAGUGCAGCCUAGUCAUGUGAAGCCCAAAAGAGGUAGGGGAAGACCUCGUAAGCGAAAGCCUGACGAUAACAUAGAGUUGGCAGAGGGAAGGCCCAUUGUGAAGCCUCAGAAUGAACCGAUAGUUCAUAACAACAUUGGUGAAACAGAGUGUGGUGAAGUUGACAUCUAUGUGAAGAAGCCAGCAAAAAGGAGGCGUGUGCAGAGGCGCCAUGGUGUGGACACCAAGGACUUAUUAUCUGGGAUGGCAGCUUCUACUGAAAUGAGCAUGAUUGGAAAAACUGAAGGGGACAGGAGUGAAGAGUGGAAAUUUUUGCCUUGUCCUAAGGAAGAAACAACGGACCAUAUGCAGGACGCCUACUGGUCUGGACUGAGUUUACAUACUGUCUCGACUCAUAGCCUCAAAGGGGCAAGUGGCAAAACAAGGCCGAUUCGUAGGCGGAGACCGACGCGACGGACAUGUGCACCUUCAUCAGACCUUUCUUCCCCUGUACAGAAUAUGCAGCCUGAAACGUUGGAUGUUAACAGAAAGAUAGAAGUGAUAAAAAGAUCAAUUAUCCAUGUUGACGAGAAGAUGGUCCAUGACGUAAACCCCACUGCACUUGUUUUGUGCUUUGGCAAGUCAAUUGCUCUUCCUUCAGAAAUGGAUUUUAUUAGGAUGUUCAGUCGCUAUGGACCACUAAAAGAAACCGAGACUGAAGUGCACAAGAACACAAAUACUGCUAAAGUUGUCUUCAGGAAACGUGUCGAUGCUGAAAGGGCUUUCAGUGUUGCUGGCAACUUUGGCUCUUUUGGACCUUCACUUCGUAGUUUUCGCCUUGCGAAUAUGCCAUUUUCUCUAACGACUGAAUUGAAUUAUCCUAAGUUACGCUCUGAAGAUGGUGGCAUGGAGAUUCCUGCUUGUAGGGUGUCUGGAGUUGCGCUGGAUUCUGCGCAAAUUGGCAUCGUAGACAAAGCUGACAAAGGUGAAACUGUAGGGAAUCCAUCAGUUGAACACACUGAGAUGGUCAAGCUUGCAGGACAAUAUGAAGGCAAUACCGAGCGUGCUUUACAUGCCGGAGGCAGAAAUGAAGAGUCACCUGAUGUUCUCUCAGAUACCAUGCAAACUGGAAUUGUAGAUGACACCCCAAAACACAAACUUGUGUGUGUACAUGGUGUUGUCGAGGCCUCGGAAGAUACCAUGGAAGUUGAUAAUACGGAUGAGACUCGAGAAGAGACCAGCAUGCCUCGGGACCUGAGAGCUCAAGCUUUUACUGGAUAUGUACAAAAACAGUCUGUGGGGGAUGAGUACACGCUCCAGGGAAUCGAGGGGUCAACAGUUGAAAUGCCUGUUGGGGAGGCUAGAAAAUUUAGCUGCUGCUGAACCAUUAGCUGAGGAAACCGCGGAAGGUGCGAUUGCAGCCAAACCAGCGGAUUAGGAAACUAAAGAAGCUGACAAGACUCUGGGCGACGGCCCAAUUUGGUGGACAAGUGGGUUUAGCUGGCCGAACCAGCUUAUAUUGAACUGUGUUGACAUUCAUGUCGUCUAGUCAAUGUCAAUGUGUUCUCUCAUCUGUAUGAUGCGUUCUGUAUAGAGAAUAGUGGUAGACUCUUAUAGUACCAUACUGUCAUUUUUCUGGCAACUACAGCAUUGACACCUUCGUGUUCAUUUGUAUAAAUUCAUCUAGAUCUAA